AGAAGAGAGCUAAGGGCAAAGCGCGCAUUCAAUAGAUCAAAGAGGAAGGAUAUUAAUGCUUAUUAGUCAUUAUAAGUACUAGGUUAUAAGAUGAGAAUCGAACACCUAUGACCUAUCGUAUAUUCGGUCGACUAUUUUAACGGGUCUAGGCAUACAUUAUAGGUUCAUUGGGUUCCAAACGAUAGUGGUAGAAAACCAAAAGAAAACACUCAUCAGUCAUCUCUAUACUCCAUUCUUCUCCCGCCCAGUCGCCGGCACCUGACCAUGGAAGUCGAGGACAUAGACGGUAUGAUUGGGCAUCCGCCGAGUACAAGAGGUCACCAUAUUAACAAGAGAGCACUUCGUAACAAAUCUCUUUCCAUCAGUUUCAACGAGAAAGACUUGAGGGACUAUGUAGGUGGUUUUCAUAAACGAAAGAAGAAGCGGAGAAAGGAAGCAUUGAAGCAGCAAGAAGAAGCAAAAAGGCGUAAGCGUCUUGAAGAUCGUAAACGGAGAAGAAAGGAAAAAGAAUAUGCACUGUAUGGCGGAGCAUCACCACCAGAAAAUGAUGCUGAAUUGGAUGAUGAAGAUGUGGAGCAGGGUGAUACGAUGGAGCUAAAUCCAUCAAUUUCUGGGACAACGUCAUAUGAUAAUGGUGAUAUGACAGUCACUGUUACAACAAAGAUUAUCGCUCGCGAAGAAGAAGAGUAUCCUAUCCAAAAGGCCGCAGCACCAUUGUCAGCAGCGUCGACUGAAGAACCUGGGAAAAAGAUUAAAAUUCCUGUUAGCUCGAAGAAAUCCUUCAAAAAAGCUAGUAAAGGUAGAUCUCGGCCAAAGCUAAAUAGCAAAAGGGACAGAAGAAAAGGGAAGAAUAAUGCUAACAAGAGAAGGCACUAGCUCAUAAUUCAGUUGAAUACUCGAACUUUUUGAUAAUUAUGCUUGAUUAUUGUUCUGGAUGAAUCAACAAAGUUUGUUUAAUGCUAAAUGAUGAGCGUUUUAUACAAUAACAUUUUAUUAUUCCGAUGUCUCUAAGUAGUCUCUGGCUAGGCUGCCUUUCGGAUUUAGAAUCAAAAUCGUUGGCUUCAUCGCGAUUGGAUAACACCAAAUAUCGGCCGAAAGCAUAAAUACUCCUCGAAAGGCUCAAAAUGCGAUUUUUAUAGUUUUUUUACUGAUCUACAACUCGGGGAAUUUCGGUUUGCUGUUUUGAAAAUCUUGACAAUGCGGCUGAUGCGAUCUUAUUGUUGCACUA